AAUUCGCAAGAGACAAGGAAGAUUCAACUACGGCCAACGAUGUACUCCAGUGUCACUGGAUGACUACAGCCUGGACAACAUAUCUGUAUACAACAGUAUCCGCAGGAAGGGUGCUCUCAGAGCUUCAAAACGUUCUUUACGGAAACCCAGCGUUUGAUGAUCCGGGAGGUCCAACACACUCGAUUAACUUUGCUGGACUGGCCAACUUUAGUAGUGACCGCAAAGCUCUGGACGAGGAGUUUGGCCAGAUUCCGAUGAUCACUGUUAAGCCAGACGAGCUACCCCCUGGUGUCGAGAGUAAGAAUCGCUACGCCAACGUGAUCCCAUUACCGGAGACUAGGGUAGUACUGCAGACAAAAGAGGGAGCCGACAUGACCGAUGAGUAUAUCAAUGCCAACUAUGUCAAGGGGCCCAAGAGCCAAGAAAAGUUGUACAUUGCCUGCCAGGCUCCUCUGCAGUCUACUAUUGAGGAUUUCUGGAGGAUGGUGUGGCAGCAGCAGACCAAGGUCAUUCUCAUGCUGACAGCGCUCAAUGAGAAUGGAGUCGAGAAAUGCGCAGACUACUUGCCGCAGCUGGAGAUCACAGAUUGCCACAGGCUGUUUGGAGAUUUCCAAGUGACAUUGAAAAAGCAUGAGGUGCGAGAAAAGUACAUCAUCUCCAGCCUUCAACUCAAGAACCUAGAGACCAACCUGUGGCGAGAGGUAACACACUUGUGGUACUCAAGCUGGCCUCCGCAGGGGGUGCCAGAUGACGGCAGUGCAAUGAUCGCUUUCCUGAUUGAGGCUCGCUCGUACAUGCGCGGUGCCCAGGGCCCCACCGUGGUACACUGCAGCCCAGGUACCGGCAGGACCGGUACAGUCAUCGCCAUCGAUCUCUGUAUUCGCGACUUUGAGACCAUUCGCACUGUUGACAUCCCCAAGACUGUCUACUCCUUGAGGAGGGACCGGGCAGGAUCGGUGCAGACCAAGGACCAGUAUGCUUUCAUAUACCAGGUGCUGAAUCUCUAUGCAACAAAACUGACUGGGGGUGCUCUGGACUCUAUCUAGAAAUGUAUAACAUCCUUUUUAUCAUCUGCCAUCACGUGUAUUGAUUUGGUUAAAUUGGCUGGAGUUUAAUGGAUACAGAACAUUUUAUGUAUGAUAAUUUUUUUACACUUACAUGAUACUCUAAGAUAAUUUUCAAAUUUCAUCAUAUUUGUUUUUAUUUAUCACCUAACCAUGAUAAACAGACCAUGAUUAAUUUGGUUGUAAUAAACCAAUGUUACAACACAACUUCUUCAAUACUGGUUUAUUAAUACACUAAGGUUUUGUUUGAGAUUUGACAUAAAUUCAAAAAAUAAUUUCAAUUAAAACAUUAUCCAUUUUCUUUCAUCCAAUAUGGUUAGGUGAUGAAAUACUAAAUAAAGUAGAUAUAAUCAUAAAAACAAAAAAAUGUAAAACUACUUUGAAAAAUUCUAGUGAAAAUAUUUGAUACAGUCAACCAAACUUAGUACAUUAAUAAAUCGACACUGAAAAGGAGAAUACAAAAAUGAUCAUUAAACAUAUUAUUGGAUUUGACACAGUAUAGUAAUCAAUAUACUAAGUUAAAACUAAAUACAACAAGAAAAAUCUCAACGUAUUCCAAUAAUUUUGUUAUUUUAGUUUUUAAAACUCCUGAAAUAACAAUCCCAUUACUUAAUGCCCCAGUGUUUAAAAUUUGUUAUGCUAGUUUUUACUAUUUAAAACACAUAUGCUGAAUAAAAACUCAUUUUAUUUAGAUAGUUAUAAGUUGAACAAUAUACGCUCUCUAUUUACCAUCCAUAUACUUAUUAUACAAUACAAAACAUAUUAGUGAUGUUGGAUGUUACAAAAUAUAUUGGUGUUACAUGUUAACAAUAUUUUUUUUUUUUAAGAAAUUAUACAUUUCCACUCAUAGCAACACUGAUUUAGAAAUUUUUUUACAUUGUUUUUUUAUAAAUUUGUCUGAUAUAGAAUUAUGUUAACAUAGUGACCGAUUAAAAAUUACUUUAAUUCGUUUGUGUGGUAAUCUUGAAAUAGCAAACUUGUUUUUCAAGAACUGAAAUACUAAUAUUUAUUUAGGGUACUGAAAUUUUCAGAAUUGACCUAUAUUUUUUUUAUGAUAACAAUUUACACUUUAAAAUGAUUAUUUCAUUUUGUACGAACAAUUUUGCAAUACACAAAUGCAGUCAAGUUCCUACUGUAAUGUUUUGUUAAAACAAUAUAUGUUCAUGUUAGGCAAUAAAUUUUGUAUAAUAUUUACAACUACUUAGUUAUCAUACAAUGGUAUCUUUUCAUUUAAUUAUUUUGUAGAAGUAGUAAAUGAGGAAAGGAGGUGACACAUUGAACACUGGUUAAACGUUAUGGAUUUUUUCAUCAAUAAGUUAUAUUUUUAAAUAACAGUUGUUUUGACUACUUUUAGUUUUAUAACAUAUAUUUCUGAUGAUUAUAACAUAUAUUUUGAAAACUCAUACAGUUUCAAAAUAUAACAAGUUAUUAGUUACAGUUUCAUAUUAUAAAUUAUUUAAUGGAAAGUAUGAUAAAAAUACCAGUAUUUUAAGUGUAUUGACUAUUUGGUUUGUUGUACUUUGUGCAUAUUUUAACUAGUAGUUGCUGUAUAUAUCUGAAUAUACUAUCUAUUUUUGUUAAUUUUAAUAGUCUAUACCUAUGUAAAUUAUGAUAUGUGAUAUUAUUGUUUUUGUUUUCGAUGUUUAUAUUUCUUGUUGCACUUUGUAUAUCGUAAUAGUAUACAUUCGGUGUAUUUAAUGUUAAGAAAAUGAAAUAAAUGAAAACAUUCUUUUAUUGGUUGA